GGGAGCUAUGCUGAGAGGGGAGUACAAGAGUUUGUCCUUCAGGCACUGUGGACAAAAGUGAACUGUAUGUAUCUGUAUGGAACUCGGUGCAGGCGGUUGUGGCUCCUGUCGCCGUAGACAGAACAGACGCAACACGGAUUCACUUUAUCGUCUGCUGUUAGAGAUCAUUUUCUAAACGGAAACCAGCUGUCGGGCUUCAGCAACAAGCAAUUGUUUGGGUGUUCAGGGAUAUUAUCACCUUCAUUAACUACCGCACCCUCCUUGUUCGUAAAUCCGACAGACUCAUUUCGGAGUUCGCUCCACCGUGAAGCCAGCCGCACCACAUGCCUUCAAUGCUUUCGGUUGUUGCGAGCUUUGUUUUGUCUCUUCGAGAAACCGGAGUGAAUGGGAGAACUCAUAUCGAGUUCAGAAGAACGAACGUAUGACAAUCAGCAUUUUUUUGUAAUGGUAUUAGUAUGAGAACAAGAUUAGCACUGUCCGAAGAUGACUUAUUUUCUUCCUAUUUCCCGUGAUUUUUAACCUCUCCGCUGCAGCUAGUCUGCCUUUGGACUUUUUCUUUUAUUGUUGAAUAUGCCUCUGGUGAAAGUUUUGAGUUAUCCAACGAAGGGACUGCUCUACGGCUUUUACUGCACUGUACAAUAGAUGAGUGCGGAAAGUGGAAGCAGUGUAACUCGAGGCGGGGUUAAAGUUCAGCUCUAUGGGGUGGUGAAGCGUUGGUUGCAGUUCGCAGAGUUGGAAAUGUGAAAGCAAGAAGCAGGCUUUAUUUUUUCCCUCUCUCUCCCUUCUGUCUCUCCUUUUUUUUCUUUUCAAAACACGGACACAGCCAUCACGGACACAGCCAUCACGCAUACACGGGCAAACACGGACACACACCCACACAUAAUUCACACAUACACACACACUCACUCACACACCAUCACACACAUAAACACGCAGACCCGUUCGUGUAACCCAAACACACACACAUACAUACACCCUCCACAUCCAAGAUUAGAUACAACAGAUAUGUAUUCUCCGCUAUGCCUAACACAGGAUGAAUUCCAUCCUUUCAUCGAAGCACUGCUGCCCCACGUGCGAGCGUUUGCCUACACAUGGUUCAACCUGCAGGCCCGCAAGAGAAAGUACUUCAAGAAGCACGAGAAGCGCAUGUCUAAGGAAGAGGAGCGCGCGGUGAAGGACGAGCUGCUCAGCGAGAAGCCCGAGGUCAAGCAGAAGUGGGCAUCGCGCCUUCUGGCCAAGCUCCGCAAGGACAUCCGGCCCGAGUUCCGGGAGGAUUUUGUGCUCACCGUCACCGGGAAGAAGCCCCCGUGCUGCGUGCUGUCCAACCCCGACCAGAAGGGUAAGAUGAGGAGGAUCGACUGCCUGCGUCAAGCAGACAAAGUCUGGAGGUUGGACCUGGUCAUGGUCAUUUUAUUCAAAGGUAUUCCCCUCGAAAGUACUGAUGGCGAAAGGCUGGUAAAGUCCCCACAGUGCUCGAACCCAGGGCUGUGUGUGCAGCCUCAUCACAUUGGAGUUUCUGUGAAGGAGCUCGACCUCUACUUGGCCUACUUUGUGCACGCAGAUGGCCAGUCAGACAGUCCCAACCAGCAGAGUGAGUCUGAUAUCAAGGACCAGCCUGAGAACGGACAUCUUGGCUUCCGGACGAGCUUCGUCACAUCGGGGGUCUUCACUCUUAGAGACUUACCCAGAAAGACUCAGACCCCCAUCGCAGCGGGGACGGGUCCUAACUUCUCGCUGGCGGACUUGGACAGCUCCUCCUACUACAGCAUGAGCCCCGGGGCCAUGAGGCGGCCCUUACCAAGCACCUCCUCCAGCAGCUCGGCCAAGAGGAUCAAGUGUAUGGAGGAUGAAUGGGACAGUCCAGGAGAAGAGUCCUACUACCCAGGCCAAGGGCGCUCCCCGGGCAGCGGCAGCCAGGCCAGCAGCUGGCACGAAGUGGAACCAGCUGGAUAUAAACUGCGUGGCUCGCUAGCUAGUUCGUUCAUCUCAAGACAAGCGAGUCCCCACGCCACGCCGUCGAGCCUCCACUUCCCCACGUCGCCCAUCAUCCAGCAGCCCGGCUCCUACUUCUCCCACCCGGCCAUCCGUUACCACCCCCAGGAGAGCCUCAAGGAGUUUGUCCAACUUGUCUGCCCCGACUCUGGUCAGCAGGGAGGACAGGUGGGCUUCCUUAACCCCAACGGAAGCAGUCAGGGGAAGGUCCACAACCCAUUCCUGCCCACCCCCAUGCUGCCCCCUCACCCGCCCCCAUGGCGCGGCCCGUACCCGCCUGUGCCAGACUCCAAACCACCCUCCACCUCCACCGAGGGAGGGGGCAACUCCCCCACCUCGCCAACCUACUCCACACCGAGCACGUCCCCAGCCCAGCGCUUCGUCAGUGUGGGCCCCCGAGACCCCAGCUUUGUAAAUAUCCCUCAGCAGCCACAGUGGUACCUGGGAUAAGGACUCCAGACCCCCUCGCCACCCGGUGGACAGAUCGCUGGACCCCCUACUUUCUCCCCUGAGUGCGACCCGACCUGAACCGACCAACACCCCGCAAAC